AUGGCAAUGACAAUGCAUGCUCCUUUAUCAGCAAGGCCGCCAUUACCACCUCUUCAACCUGUUUCAACAUCUCCUAAAUCAAUUUUCUCGUUUUUAGACCAAGCAAUGCAAACUACUUCUCCAAAAGAAAAAAAUGAUAUUAUUAAACAAAUUAUAUUCAUGUGGAAGUCGCAAAAGCAAGAAAUUAUACAAACAUGGCUAGACAAUGCAGAAAAAGAAAAGAUUUUAGCAAAAUUUAAUGAAAGAUAUAAUCAACAAGUAAAAGCGUACGAUAAACUCAUGGUUGAGACAGAAUUUUAUAGAAUACCAGAUUUCAUAUUUGAAAAUAAAAAUUCUGAUGAAAUAAUUUCAGAUAUCAAAGAAUACGAACAGUUACGUUCUUUGUACCAGAAAGUAAAUUUUCCAGAUCGUUUAGACGAAAUACUUGAAUCUGAUCAUACUGAAUCCGAUAAAUUCUUCUUACUUUAUGAUUUAUUAUUUACUCGUAUGGAAGAAACAGUUUAUACAUACACAAACAGGCUAAAUAGAAUCCAGGAGAGCAUAGAAACAGAGCUAGAACUGAAGCGUAAGUCAAAUGUCACGAUGGACGCGUUUAGUCAGUAUAAACUACUUUUGGAAGAACAUGACAGACUUGUUCAGAUGGAAUCUGAAAUGAUAUCAGACCCAUUUUCAAAGCGGAGACUGUCAAAAGACAUCACAAUGAACGCAUUGAGAAAAAUGGUUUUGGCUUACCAGAAAAUGCUUUAUAUCAACUACAAGACACUUGAACAUUUCCAGCAACGCGGGUUUUACCAAAAUAAUGGUGAAACUUUCCAACCUUUCGAUGAAAUUAGUAAUGACACGAAUUUUAACUACAGAAUUAACCCAGAGUAUUUGAAUGACGAACUAAAUGCAGUGAAAUCAUCAAUUAAUGAAGAAAAGGACCUUAUUUCUAAUUUAUAUUCACAAAUUGAAGAAUUAUCUCAUAUUACUUUCCCAACUGAUGGACUUGAGAAGGCAGUAAGGGUAUCAGCGGAUUAUACUAAGUACAUGAAGCAGAUUUUCAACCUCCAACGUGAAAUCGAAAUCAAAAAUGAAAAAGCAAAUAAAUUAACUGCUGAAAUUACGACCAAGAACCAUGAAAUCAUCAAUAUGAGAGCAAGAUUUGAUCAGGAGAUGCUUAGAUACAACAAUUUGGUUGAAGAACAUUCGAAAUUAUUAAAAUCUAUUUAUCACAACAAAUCUAUCAUUAAUUCCUUAUCAUCCCUUAAUUUCGAGUUCGGAAACACUAUGAUUUCUAAGCCAGAUGAUGUAACUUCGAUGCUUUCCAAAGAAAUCGGAAUUUUAGUCAAUGAAGAGAAGCAGAAACCAAAAGAAGUACAGCAACCAAAGGAAGUACAGUCUCCUAAACCUGUUGUUUCCAUGGACAGCCUUCUAAACAGAGCUCCAAGACGUCAACAUCGAAAAAUCCGAAAAACUUUGGACGUCAAAGACAUCUACAAAGGAGAUAAUCUCAAUGCAACACCAGAUACACACGCAAAUUCGUUAAGAAGGCAAGAAAAUCCAGGAGAAAGAAGAAUUUUGAAUUCUCCAGUGGAAAUAUUGAAUGCAUUGUCAACAAAUGCGGAGCUAAGUGAUAGAUCUAAUGAUAGGAAGCGAAUUCACGCACUUUCAGACCAAGUUUUGACAGAAUUAAAAGAAAAUUUGUCAAAACAUUUCGAAAAUUACCAAAAGGAUUCUGUUGAAACAAUAAAUCACAUGAGACUACUUGCAAACUCUAUUCUCGUGAGAGAAAAGACAGAAGCAGGUGUCCAAGCUGUUGAUGAAGUUGCUGACAUCGAAAUUCAAACAGAAGAGGAAAUUUCUCCAUCUUCAAAAGGAAAGAAAUCAAAGAAAAAGUAA